AUGAAGCCGCCAGCUCCCCUCGCCGUCGCGCUCGCGCUCGCCAGCACCGCGGCCGCGCUGAACAGCGUGGCGCACACCGUCUCGCUACUCCCCUCGGACCCGAUGCUCAUGUACAACCCCGGACGAGGGCACUGGGGCGACUCCCAGCGUGGCGGGUGGAACCUGACCUACGACGGUCUGCAGUGGAACACGUACGAGCCCGGACAACAGUGGAGCGACAAGACGCGGUUCGCGCUCUCGCCGAAUGGAGGCGAGGUCCGCGUGCCCGUGUCUGGAACUCGAAUUGCCGUCGAGGGAACCUCGCCCGACAAUGCGGAGUGCGACGUAGUUGCCACGAUAGGCGGCGCCAGCGACACGUACACGUUCCAAAAGGGCGACAUGGGUAACCUGCAGACAUCGCAGGAGCAGCCGUUUGCGUUCUACCAGGCCCGCAUCCAGCCGCAGUGCAAGAACUAUGCCGUUGUUGGCGUCAGCUUUGAUACGCUCGUCAACGUCUCGCAGAAGAGCGUCGAGGCUGCUACAGAGAAGACGGAGACGUUCAUCGGGGACGGUGACCAGCUCACCAGCUUCUUCGAGCAGAGCGGAAACGUUGGCAUUGCCACCCACAACGAUACCUCUGUCGCGUCCGUGCCCAAUCUCGGCUGGGUUUCUUUCAAGGCGCCGCAGUACGCCUCCCUCGUGACCAUUCGGGGCAUCUCGUGCUGGAAUUGCUCUCAGUUCGUGGUGCAGAUGGACCCUCGCCCCGACGGACUGGACGAGAAGCUUCUCCUCGACUCCUACUCGCCCUUCACGGGCCCCGCGACCAUGUUCGUGACGCCUCUCGAUCCAGGAACACAGUACACGUUCAAUCUGACCGGUAUCCACGGCAACGGAGGUGCAGACUCACUACUCCUGAAGAACGUCGAGUUCAUCCUCUCCGCGAAUGACGGGAAGGGAAACAACGCCGGUCUCAUCGCUGGUGUCGUUGUUGGUGUCGUCUGCGGACUGGCGCUCAUUGGAGCCCCGCUCUUCUUCUGCCUCUGGCGGAGAAAGAAGCGGGGCGACAAGGUGGCACACAUGAACGACGGCAGUGUCGUUGACCUGACCCACGGCCAGAUUGCGCAGGUUUACCCCUCCUACGCGUCUAGGGCCCACCACCGUCCGGCACCGGAGAGCACGACGUCGGCGAUGGCUUUGGGCGAGCUGCCAGCAUUCUCACCACCGGCGGCGGCGUAUGCCGCUCCCGCGUCGCCUUCGACGACCCACGGUUCGCAAGUCUUCGCAACACCCCUCCAGUCCCCCUUCUCACCAGUCGAAACGCCCGGCACCUUCUCGCAUGACUCGCCUUAUGGUGCGCCAGUUGACUCGCCAUUCUACCCCCACUCCCAGGCGCCGAGCAGCCCCGAGCACCCCUCGACCGACAUCCCUCGGGCGCAGAUCAAUGACCUCGACGACUACUUCCAGGCUCGCGACAGUUACAUGGAGGCGGAGUGGGAGGACGCGGAGGAGCACGACGACUUCGACGAGCCACGCAAGGGCGAGCCCUCUCGUCCGCCGCCAGCGGCGCGUGCUCUGCCAGUUACGCAGGAGCAAGAUGCAGGUCGCUUGGUUGCCCUUCCCAGACCGCAAUCUGCUGCUCUGCCGGAGUACAGGCCCAGCAGCCAGUAUGUCGCCGGCAUGGCGCACGUCGAGCCCAACGUGCAGCCGAACCACCAGCCGCACACGGAGAGCCCGCUGGGCCGGUAUUAG